CACAAGCUUGUAGUCGAAGACUAUCCAGCCGGAUACCCUCGUUUUGCUGCGCUUGUAGCAGCCGAUGAUUCCUUUUUUGUAUUCAGGCGAUUUUUGCGGCUUCGCGCCCGAAUCCUCUUGUUGAAACAAGACAAUCUGUCUGUCCUCGAAGCGAAACUGGACCAACUUGAUGAGGACGAAGAGUCGCCUUUGUUUCUUGGCAAAAGCCGCUGCGACAAGAACGAAGCUCGUCGUGCUCUUCUCCACGAAAUAGAAUCAGGCUUAGUAGAUUAUGAUUCUUUUACUGAUCGGACCCGUCAGGCCCUAAGUCUAAGUGCUGCAGCACCUAAAGACAUACUCAGCUUGCAGAACUGGCUCCAGGGAAGAAGUUGCUUAAGCAGGAGCGAGACAGAGUACUUGGAACUAAGACAAGAUCUGGCGACUCUAUCAUCCCCUAAAGACAGCGCAAUAGAACUACUAGAAAACUGGGUGGAGGGUAAACUCAUCCACUACUAUCGAGGCUUCCGAAAGGUAGAGAACGCCGAACAGGGCCCUCUGCACAAUAAAUCAAGCGACGAGAAUGUGUAUAUAUACUCUGGGUCUCUGGUUAAGCAGAGUGCCCCAGUGCUGAUGCUUUGUCUCAUCACAAGUCUUAUUCUGAUACCGGUGGUGAUAUGCAUCGCUGUUCACAGCAUGGUGGCUCGCGUGGCUAUCAUCUUGAUUUCUACGGUUCUGUACCUGUCCGUUUUGUCACGGUUGACGAAUUCAAAGAUGAUGGAGCUCAUUCUAGCAGGAGCGACGUAG